AUGUAUAAUCUACCGACAACACUCACUCAGCUCACCUUUGGAGAUUCAUUUAAUCAACCGAUUGAGCCAGGCUCGUUGCCGCCCAAGCUCAUCUCGUUGACGUUCGGAUCACAUUUUGAUCAAGUGAUUAUUGCCGGUGCGCUACCGAGCACUCUCAAGACUUUGACUUUGGGCAUUCACUUUGAUCAAGUUAUCCAUCCUAGCACAUUGCCCAACUCAACACUGUUGAUGUUUAAUUAUUGUGUUAAACCGAUCAUCGCGCACUCACUACCAACGUUACUCACUGAGCUCACCUAUGGAAAGAGGAGCCAACGCCCAGUACCCUCCAGCUUUCAGUUGCUCAAUCCCUCUUCACUUCCACGAUCACUCACGAGUCUGCGCUUGGGUGGAGAGUUCAACCAAGAGAUGAUGGACGAUGUCUUCCCAACGAAUCUAAGGACAUUGACCUUUGGCUCUAAGUUCAAUCAGCCAAUAGGCUUCAUUCGCUUGUUGCCCAAUCUGACAUCGCUGACCUUUGGCAAUUGCUUCUCUCAGCCAUUGAGCAAAGAUUGCUUCCCACCCUCACUCAAGACUUUGGGUCUGAGCUUCGGUCGUCCACUCAAUCCCAACACUAUCCCAGACAGCCUGACAUCACUUGUGUUGGGAAAUAACAUCACAGUGAAUGAUGGACGCGACCUCAACAAUGUAACGAACCUGGCGGUGUCCAGUCAGACGCAUCUUAAUAUCAAUGUCAAGGGUUCAUCAGUCAAGAACUUAACGACAAGGUAUCGACUCAACUCCAACCGCAGAGGGACCAGACUCUUGGGCACAUGUCCACAUCUUGACACACUAUUGGAGUGGGUAGAUUGUCUUCCAGCAGACGAAUCAGGAGAGGAGAGAUCUUGGUCGACCAAGAUUGGAAUGUGUCCCAGCAAUGUUACAACAUAUAGAUUGAUGGUCAAUUCCAAAAAGAUGAUCAUCCACAUGCGACGUAUUGAUUCCAGUCACACAUUGGUCAUCCACUCACCAAUGCCCAAUGACAUUGAUGCCAAUCGACAUGAUCAUCUUGUUGUAGAUCCUCCAAGUCUAAUGCCCACCCAAAGUGGUUCACUCAAUGUUCAUUUCCUGCGCAGGUAA